UAAAACUUGAGGAACAACCUUUGUUCUUGUUUUCAUGGCCACAGAAGAUUUCAGCUUCCCCACAGUGCACAAAAGCAGUAGUACUAGAAGCAUUGAUUUCCCUCCUUUCUGGAGACCAUCUCCCUGCACAGAUUAUCGCCCUGAUGAUGAAGAUGAUCACUCUACUCCGGCGAAGAAUUGUAAGCAGAGGCAGAGGCAGAGCCAUGCAUGCAUCGUGGGGGCUGAUGAUGAUCAGAUAAUAGUUGGUACUCGUGUUCAAGACCAGGAGGAGAAAAUGGACAUGCUAUGGGAGGAUUUCAACGAGGAAUUGUAUCCGGUAAGGUCAACUUCAUCGGAUUACAAUAUCUCCGGCGACAUGCUGCAGUUGGGCUGUGUAGGUCUUGGUGCUUUAAAUUUCCCCAGAUCUAAUGCUGCCGCAACUAGUAGCACCAUUACAAGCCCAGGUGUGGUUCUGAUGGUCAAAGUACUGAAAAGGCUGUUCUUCCUCCAUAAUUCUCAUCAUCACAACCUCAAGAAACCUGCAAGACAGUGAUCACAUCUGCCUCACCCUGUCAUCAUAAGUUGUAUAUUUGCAUAUCGUUUGACACACAUACUAUAUUUUCUGUUUCAGAAUAAGUAAUGCAGCCAAGUAAGCGAAUGUAAAAAUGGAGAAAACAAUGAUCAUAUGGUAUCAGCUAAAAUUGUACAAUACCAGUUACUGAGAA